CCUUGCCAAUCUUUUCUCUUCUUUUUCUUCUUUUCCUUUCCCUCUUUCCCUUAAUAAGCGUUUCUUUCUUUUCUCUCCCCCCCUUCUUUCGUAAUACUUGUUACUCUAUCAACCCUCUUUUUUUUUAUAGUACCGUAUAUAAUCAAUCAUCAUCUCUAUAAUCAGUAAAAAGCAUCUAAUUAAAUAUGGGAAUUUGUGGUCGCAACACUCAUACAGCACCCAAGCAACGUAAGAUCGUCCUCGUUGGCGACGGUGGCUGCGGAAAAACAUCCUUGUUGAACGUAUUUACUCGAGGCUACUUUCCGCAGGCAUAUGAACCGACCGUCUUUGAAAACUAUGUCCAUGAUAUCGUAGUCGAUGAACAGCCUGUAGAAUUGUCAUUGUGGGACACUGCAGGUCAAGAAGGAUUUGACCGAUUACGAGCAUUGUCCUAUGUUGACACGCAUGCAUUCAUGAUGUGUUUCUCUGUGGACGAUCGAGAUUCGCUGGACAAUAUUCCCAACCGAUGGCUUGAGGAGGUGUUGGAGCAUAGUCCCAACGCCAAAAUCAUAUUGGUAGCCCUCAAGUGUGAUCUCAGAGACGACGUACGGAUAUCAUCACGUUUGAAUCCAAUCUUGUACGAAGAAGGACUUGAAGUAGCCAGAGCGAUCAACGCAGUGCGCUAUCUCGAAUGCUCAGCCAUGCAUAACCGAGGUGUACGAGAGUGUUUUGAGCAAACUGCGCGGGUUGCUUUGCCUGUACAACUGCACCGACGGUUUGAUGAUCGAGGAGGCGGAUGCAUUAUUCUUUGACACAUAAACUUUCUUUAUAUUUUGGGGAGAGAACAAGAACAAAAACAAAAUACAAUCAAUUUUU